AUGGCUCCCGAUCCCGAACUGUCGGAAAAGGCUCCGGAGGCCGCGCCCUCGAGAGCCUCGAGUCCCGAGACCUCGACGGACGCUACACCGGCCGGCGAGAAAAACGCGCCCAACUCGACGGCAUUGGCCAAGGCAGACUCCAAAGUGGUGCCAGCAGCCAAGGAGCAGGAUGACGACCCGUUCAGGAACCUGCCGGCCCACGAGGCCGACAUCCUCAGGAAACAGGUCGAUACUCCAAAUGUCAAGACCGGCGUGGCCAUCCUGUACCGAUAUGCGUCGAGAAACGACCUUCUCAUCAUGGCCGUCAGCGCUCUAUGCGCAAUCGCGGGAGGUGCCGCACUCCCGUUGAUGACGGUCAUCUUUGGUAAUCUACAAGGCACUUUCCAGUCAUACUUUAUGAAACAGACGGGCUACGACGCCUUCAUGGCCGAAAUGACGCAUCUUGUUUUGUACUUCGUUUACCUGGCCAUUGGCGAGUUCGUCACCAUCUACGUUGCAACUGUCGGUUUCAUCUAUACUGGCGAGCAUAUAAGCGCCAAGAUCCGAGAACACUAUCUUGAGAGCUGCAUGCGACAAAACAUUGGUUUCUUCGAUAAGCUGGGUGCCGGAGAGGUGACCACCCGCAUCACGGCCGACACCAACUUGAUUCAGGAUGGUAUCUCUGAGAAGGUUGGGUUAACACUCACGGCGGUCGCCACCUUCAUUUCAGCUUUUGUUAUUGGCUUUGUCAUGUAUUGGAAGCUGACGCUGAUCCUGAUAUCUACCGUCGUCGCCAUCGUGUUGGUCAUGGGCACUGCCUCGUCGUUCAUGAUCAAGUACAACAAGCACUCGAUCGAAGCUUACGCGCUAGGAGGCAGUGUUGCCGAGGAGGUCAUCUCUUCCAUCCGGAAUGCGGUUGCCUUCGGUACCCAGGACCGUCUGGCCAAGCAGUACGAUGCUCACCUUGCUCGUGCUGAGAAGUUUGGCUUCCGUGUCAAGGCCCUCAUUGGCUGCAUGGUUGCUGGCAUGAUGUUGAUCUUGUACCUGAACUAUGGUCUGUCAUUCUGGAUGGGAAGCACGUACCUUCUUGACGGAAGUGUUCCGCUCUCCAAGAUUCUUACCAUUAUGAUGUCUGUCAUGAUCGGUGCCUUCAACCUGGGUAACGUCGCACCCAAUGUGCAGGCUUUUGCUACAGCCAUUGCUGCCGCGGCCAAGAUUUACAAUACCAUUGACCGCGUGUCCCCUCUGGACCCGACCAACGAUGCUGGCGAGAAGCCGGAGCACGUGGAGGGCACCAUUCGUUUGGAAAACGUGAAGCACAUCUACCCUUCCCGACCCGAUGUGGUAGUUAUGAAGGACGUCUCGCUCGAGAUUCCAGCCGGCAAGACUACCGCGCUUGUCGGUGCAUCUGGAAGUGGAAAGAGUACAAUUGUCGGCCUCGUCGAGCGUUUCUAUGAUCCCGUUGGUGGCAAGGUCUACCUCGAUGGACGCGACAUCAGCACGCUGAACUUGAGGUGGCUUCGUCAACACAUUUCCUUGGUCAGCCAGGAACCGACACUCUUCGGCACCACCAUUUUUGGCAACAUUAAGUAUGGUCUGAUUGGUACUGCAUUCGAGAAUGAGAGCGAGGAGAAGCAGCGCGAGCUAGUCAUUGAGGCAGCAAAGAAAGCCAACGCUCACGACUUCAUUUCUGGCCUCCCUGAAGGUUACGAAACUCACGUUGGUGAACGCGGUUUUCUCCUUUCUGGUGGACAGAAGCAACGUAUUGCCAUUGCUCGAGCCAUUGUGUCUGAUCCCAAAAUUCUGUUGCUGGACGAAGCUACCAGUGCCCUCGAUACCAAAUCCGAAGGUGUUGUCCAAGCUGCUCUGGAGGUUGCUGCUGCCGGUCGCACAACCAUUACGAUUGCCCAUCGUCUAUCGACCAUCAAGGAUGCUCACAACAUUGUUGUCAUGACGCAGGGCUCGAUUGUAGAGCAGGGAACUCACGACGCCCUACUCGAGAAGCGCGGUGCUUACUACAACUUGGUUACUGCUCAAAAUAUCGCAGCUGUGAAUGAGCUUACCGUCGAGGAACAAGAGGCGAUCGACAGUGAAGAGGAGAAACUGAUCCGAAAGGCGAGCGCAAAGGAUGGUGGCCCAGCUUACAUCGAGGACCCAGACGACAACAUGCAGGCGAAGCUCAAGCGGUCAACAACUCAGGGAUCUGCCUCCAGCAAAGCGCUCCAAGGACGAAAGGCCGAGGAGGAAACCAAGUAUCCUCUGUGGACCCUUAUUAAACUGAUUGCCGCCUUCAACAAGAAAGAGUGGAAACUUAUGGUUUGGGGACUAUUCUGGUCUAUCAUCUGUGGUGGCGGAAACCCCACACAAGCGGUAUUCUUUGCCAAGCAAAUCAUGACCCUCAGUGUGCCCCUCGAUCCGGCGACCAACGGCCAAGUCAAGAAGGACAGUGACUUCUGGAGCUCUAUGUUCUUGAUGCUCGCUAUUGUUCAGUUUAUAUCAUAUGUCUUGCAAGGUGUGGCGUUCGCGAAAUGCUCCGAGAUAUUGAUUCAUCGUGUACGCGACCGUGCCUUCAGGACCAUGCUUCGACAGGACGUGGCCUUCUUCGACAAGGAUGAGAACACUGCAGGCGCCCUGACCUCGUUCCUCUCAACCGAAACCACACACGUUGCCGGUAUCAGUGGUGUUACUCUUGGAACUCUGCUCCUGGUCAGCACUACUCUUGUUUCCGCUUUGACUCUUGCAUUGGCUAUUGGCUGGAAACUGUCGCUUGUCUGUAUUUCGACCAUUCCCGUCCUGUUGGGCUGUGGUUUCUUCCGAUUCUACAUGCUUGCACAUUUCCAGCGCCGAUCCAAGAGGGCUUAUGAACAAUCUGCCACCUACGCCUCCGAGGCGAUCUCCGCCAUCCGUACCGUCGCCUCGCUCACCCGAGAGACGGACGUCCUGGUACAGUACCAGAAAGCUCUUGCUUCGCAACAGCGGGCCAGCUUGAUCUCCGUCCUCAGGUCGAGUCUGUUGUACGCUGCCUCGCAGUCCUUGCUGUUCUUGGCCUUUGCUCUCGGGUUCUGGUACGGAGGCAGCCUCAUUGCCAAGUACGAGUACGACAUGUUCCAGUUCUUCGUCUGUUUCUCUGCCAUCAUCUUUGGUGCGCAGUCCGCUGGUACUGUUUUCUCGUUCGCUCCCGAUAUGGGCAAGGCACACCAGGCUGCAGCCGAGUUGAAGACUCUCUUUGACCGCAAGCCCACUGUGGACACUUGGUCAGAGGACGGUGAGAGCUUGGAGGCUGUUGACGGUACCAUUGAGUUCCGUGACGUUCACUUCCGCUACCCAACUCGUCCCGAACAACCUGUGCUCCGCGGACUCAACCUUACUGUCCGGCCUGGCCAAUACGUGGCGCUGGUAGGAGCCUCCGGUUGUGGUAAGAGUACUACAAUUGCCCUCCUUGAGCGCUUCUACGACCCCCUGGUUGGCGGUGUCUACAUCGACGGCAAGGAGAUCAGCUCCCUCAACGUCAACCAGUAUCGAUCCUUCAUCGCCCUAGUCAGCCAGGAGCCCACCCUUUACCAAGGCACAAUCAGGGAUAACAUUCUCCUUGGCGCGCCACACGAGGUUACGGACGACGCUAUCGAGUUUGCCUGCAAGGAGGCCAACAUCUUCGACUUUAUCCUCUCACUCCCCGACGGCUUCAACACCAUCGUCGGUAGCAAGGGUGCUCUGUUGUCUGGUGGCCAGAAGCAACGUAUUGCCAUCGCGCGUGCGUUGAUCCGUGACCCCAAGAUCCUACUUCUCGACGAGGCUACGUCGGCUCUCGACUCGGAAUCGGAGCACGUCGUCCAGGCCGCGCUGGACAAGGCCGCCAAGGGCCGAACGACCAUCGCUGUCGCGCAUCGUCUGAGCACGAUCCAGCGCGCAGACAUCAUCUACGUCUUUGACCAGGGACGUAUUGUAGAGGAGGGCACGCAUCCCGAGUUGAUGCGCAAGAACGGCCGCUACGCAGAGCUGGUCAACCUCCAGAGCCUGGAGAAGAAUCGCUAA